AUGCGCCUGUCCAUCGGUCUAAGGCCAGUCUCACUUGGUUCAAGUGGCAAAAAUAUCAAUGUUUUAUCCUGGCCAUCAUUAUCAUCUUAUUUAAAUCCUAUUGAAAACUUCUGGGGAAUACCAGCAAGGAAGAUCUAUGCCGAAGGAAAACAACUCAGAACAAAAGAGCAGUUACAAGCUGCCAUAAUGAAAUGGGACGGUAUGAGCAUUCGAUCAGGUUCGGACUCUGGUCAAAUCAAUGCCAGAAAAGGAUAUUUGAAGUUAUUAAGCUAA